AUGCCCGUCACAAUCACUACAACCAGUCUCCCUCCACGUCGAUGGGAGAAACGAAAGAUAGAAACGGCCGAAGAUUUGUUCAAGGAAUCGUGUCAGAGAGAGAAUCGUCGCAGUCGAGGGGUGUUGCAGAGCUCUUUUUCCCCUAGCCUUUUUAAUAGGUGCCAUGUCUCUGCGUCACAGCACGGCUUCGUCUGGGCCGUGAUUCACGCCUAUAGUUAUCAUCACAACCUGACCAUCCGACCGGAAGACGUGUGGUUUUCUAUUCUCACACAGUUGAGCUUCUUCGUCAAUGCACACGCAGAGGCACUGCGAUCAUUCUUUGUGGCACAUAAAGGGCAGAAAGAGUUGGAAGUCACUGGUGCCGGAAAUAUCAAGUCGGCAGAUUUUGGUGCUCUUGCCGUUGAAAUGACUAGGCUUAUUGAAAAGAACGUGGUGGAUCCGGAAUUGCGUAACUGGAUUAUGCCCGAGUUUAGCACUACAACUGAAGUCGACAGUGUUGUCGCGGCUGUCCUGAUGAUGGGUGCGAUGCAGAAGUACUUCUCGUUCACCAUGUCCCUUAUGUGUGGCAUUCCUUCCGUCACCUUGCUGGGAGAGCGGGAAGACUGGGCAUACAUGGUGAAGAAACUUGACAAGCUGCACCAACUUGGCGAUCAGCCCGCGCGAUUCUCUCAGCUUCUUCGGCCGAUCCUAAAUCACUUCGUCUUGUCCUUUGAUAGACCAGAGUCCCCUCAGGUGAAAGAUUUCUGGAGCAAAUGUGCACACAAGUUACGCGGAAGUGGAACCUGCACGAUAUCUGGCUGGAUUACAACCUUCUGCUUCUGGGAUGUUGAGGGGCAGCUGUUGUCUUGGGCGCAUCCGGUCCAUCAUGUCUCUUCUCCCGAGUUUGAGGCACAAAACACGGACUUCGGAUUGGAUGAUGUUUUGUCGAGAGGAGUUGACACAGACGUCAUCCCAUCCGGCUACGCCUCCGUCCCAAUUACUGUCAAUGACAAUGGGGUUACUCACAAAACUACGAUGCUAGCAGGGCUGGUCGGCAUUCAAGCCACCUCAAGCGGGGCGAUGCUAGACGGCACUCCACAUUACGGGGGUUUCCAAAUGUACCAAUGGACGUCAAACGUUACAGUGGAACCGAUCAUUUCUAGUCCUAAUCCCGCAACCGAGGAACCAGGGCUUGAUUCCAUCCAGCCCUUAUCGGGUUGGUGGAUGUACGAAAAUGAAACCAAUGAGGACGCCGAGAAACGUGCCGUUCAUAUCCAGAAGCUGAAGGAUGAGAUAGCCAAGAGCGAGGAUUCCGACAACGGUGUGGAUUCCGAACUAUACCGCAAAUAUCAUCACCUCUUGGCGUUCUGA